AUGUCCGACGACGAGUCAUCGCCGCUGUUGUCGGCGGCGACCAAGAAGAGCAAGGCCGCCGCCAACGAAAGCCACGCAUCCGGCGAGACCACGCCUCUACUCUCCAGCACCGCCGAAACUCCCAGAUACGAUGGCGAGCAGAGUGAACCCGACCGCGACACUGCGGCGUCAAUCAGGUCGCGCCACAGCGACGCCGCACAGCAGCAGCAGCAGAAGAAGAAGAAGGCGCGGCGGUGGCCAUCUUUCAUUGCCAUGGGAAUCUUGGGCAUCAUCGUGGUGGCCAUCAUUGCCCUUGCCUUCAUAGUCCCCGAUGCAGUGCAAGAGUACGCCAAACAGGCCGCCGUCUUGGAGCCCACGAACCUGUCGCUCGACUCUAUUACGACGGACGGCGUCAAGGCAAGAAUACAGGCCAACUUCCGCCUCGACGGGUCGCGGGUCCAGAAUGACCAUGUAAGGAGAGUCGGCCGGGCCGCCACCUGGGUGGCCAAUCAACUGGGCACCGAGGAGACGAGACUCGCCGUGACCCUGCCCGAUUACGACAACGUACUACUUGGUAGUGCUGUUGUUCCCCCUCUGAUCAUUAAUCUGCGGGAUGGGUACACCACCAGCUUUGACUUUGUCACCGAGAUCGCCCCCGGCGACCUAGAUGGCAUCCGGGCAAUUGCAAAUGAGUGGUUGGACGGACAGUUGGGCUCCUUACGUCUGAGAGGAGUUACUGAUCUCACUCUCCAUUCUGGCUUAAUACCCCUCGGAACUCAUAAUAUUGCCGAGUCCUUGGUUUUUGAAGCUGAUAAAAUCCCGUCGAUGCCCGCUUACAAUAUAACUCGUCUCAACGUAAAGGAUGUCCCAGCCCCCGGGGACAAGAAAUCCAUGAUGGCUGAGGUGUCCCUAAGCGCGUUCAACGAGUACCCGGUGGAGCUGAAUAUCCCCGAGCUAGCGUUCGAGAUCCUGGUGCCCGGCUGCAAUGAUGAGACAUACAUUGUUGUGGCUGAUGCGGUGACUAGCGAGGUACUUGUGAAGCCCCGCGCUGAUGUCGACGUGGACGUACACGGUCUCAUUAACGAGCUGCCGGAGUCGCUUACGCGCGCAUGUCCCAACACCAACUCAUCACCACUCGAUCUCUUACUCAAACAGUACAUGCAUGGCGAGCCGGCGACAUUGUAUGUUCGCGGUAGCAGCAUUCCAGAUGGAAAUACCCCACGUUGGAUUGCGGAAAUCUUGUCAAGUGUUACCCUACCCGUCCCGUUCCCGGGCAGAUCGCUUGACGGUCUCAUUCGGAACUUCUCCUUGACGGAUGUUCACUUUUCGCUGCCGGAUCCGUUCGCCGAACCAGGUGACCCUGCUGCCAAUCCGAGGGUGUCUGGCAAUGCUCUCGUGACAGCUGGCCUGCCCUCGGAGAUGAACUUUGCUGUGAACGUGACUCGGGUCAGGGCCACUGCCGACGUGUCGUACAAAUCCAAGAAGAUGGGAGAGCUCAACCUCAAGAAGUGGCAGGCCGCGAAUUCUACCAGGGUCGAGGCGAAAAAGGGCAACGAGGCAACUCUUAAGAUCGAGUCUCGAAUUGAGGAGGCGCCAUUGAACAUCACUGAUGAGGAUGUGUUCAGCGACGUUAUCCAGACGCUGAUGUUUGGCGGCAAACCGGUUCAACUCGAUAUCAAGGCUGUGGUUGACAUCAAGGUGGUCACAGCCUUGGGUCAACUGAUCCUCAAAGAUGUUCCAGCUGAGGGCAAGAUCCCCGUAAAACCAUUCUCCAGGGGCAAGGGGUCACUCGCAGAUUUGGCUCCCAAAGUUGGCUCCCUACGAAUCUUGGACACGAGUUCGACGUCCAUCACGCUUCAGGCAUUGGUUAACGUUACCAAUCCCACACUCUACACUGCCCACGUGCCGUUUGUCAAUGUCCACGUCUUGAAUAACGGAUCGGUACUUGGGGAAGCAACUGUGGAGAAUGUUGACAUCGUCAAGGGCUCCAACCCCGGAAUACUUGUGACGGCAAAAUGGGAGCCUUCCAUGAGUGGCCAACCCGGUCAGCACAUCGGAAGGGAACUCAUCUCUCAGUACCUUUCCGGCUUCAACACCAGUAUUACUGUCAAGGCGCAUCACGAGAGUAUCCCAGGGCAGCCAAUCUUGUGUGACGCCUUAUCGAGAUUCAAUUUGACUUUCCCAGCACCCAAAUUAGACCUCCCUGGCGAUACGCCCGAAGAAAGAUCCCACUUCAUUAGAGAUGCGACCUUUCACUUCUUCUCGUCGACGGCAACUUUCACCCUAGUCUCGCCGUUACACUACAAUACAUUAUAUGUAGACUAUGUCAACGCCACGGCAUUAUACAACCAUAGCCACCCUGUUGGUAGGAUUCUUCAUCACUACCCCUUCCAAGCACCACCAGGAAAGUCGCAGACGCCGAGGUUGCCAGUGGAGUGGUCUGUCGGCUCUGUUGGAUACGAUGCCGUCAGAAAGGCAAUCGGCGGCAAGCUAAAGCUUGACGCCCGGGCCGAGGUAGAUAUCCGGUUGGGUAAUUGGAAAGAAAGGCUUUGGUAUGAGGGAAAGGGCAUCGGUGCUUCGAUACAACUUUGA